UAUGGAAAGAGGUAAACGAAGCGUUCGAAGUGAAGUGCGAGAGGGGACACAAAAGCUCACUUCGAAACGAGCACUGUAGGCAAGUAAAGGAUAGGUAGCGAAAAUGAGCGAGAUGCAGCGAUAUUCGAACGUCAAAAACCCUCGCCAUGUUGUACGGGGGCGCGUCGGGAAAGCAAAACAAAACACAUCCAAGCGGAGUUGAAAAAGUGCAUCGUUCCACACCUUGGCUGGAUUUGGAUUGAACGCAGUAUCAGCGAGCAAAGAUGACGAAGCGCAAUAUGUGGAGUUACGACGAGACGCUCGAGAUGCUGAACAUAAUGCUCCGCCAGGAAAGCCUGAAAGCGAUGAACGGCCGACCGUUCCGAAAGGACAAAGCCUUCCGCUUGGUAUAUGAAGAGAUGGUGCACCGGGGCUACAGCACCAAGGAUCCAAAGCAGAUAGAGUACCGUUGGAAAAAUCUGAAGCGACAGUACGUGGACCUGCAGAAGGAUCCCACGUUGGUCGAUACUAACCCAUUCCCGUACUACGACGAAAUAGACGUACUGAUGAAAGGAAAGCCACCUGCCGCCAGUCAGACAACGAAGCUGUGCGAGCUCGUCAUUUCUAAAGUUGAACGUAGCUCAACCACGGAGGCAGAGGAGGUUCUCCUCGAAACGGAGAUGGAACCCAUCGAGCAGGUGGAAUGUGAAAUAGAUCCACCGAUUGCGAGUGAGGAAGUCGUUGAGGAAACUAUUGUCGAAUCAUCGCCCCAGCCGCAAACAGCGCAACCUGUCCCGAAACGAUUGAAGCGCAGUAGAAGGCGUCAGGGCGAACUGCCGAAAGCAUUUCUUCACCCCUACAAGACGGCAACGGAGGAAGAAGUGUUUCGGAAUCAGAAAAAGCUAAUCGAUUAUCAGUUCGGUCUGUACAGCAAAGCCCAGGAGGAGUCGGACCAGAAAUUCCUCGCCAUGAGCCGACAAAUGCUGGAAGAGUGUAAUGACAAGUUUCAAGUGUUCUUAGCGAAGCUGGCACCGGGCAACUAGUCGGGAAGCGAAGUCUAGUCAUAGGUGUCUUAAGGAACGUUUAUGGAAUACUUAUUUUAUAAAGAAAUUUCAAGUUUUAAUCUAUACUGUACAA